CUUCAAGUUAUUUUAUGGCAGUGUUCCGGGUAAGGGGACGGAUUUGUCAUGUGUAGAAUGGAUAUUAGUGUGUACACGUUCAUGGCGUUCUUGAUAAUAAGCUGUUUACAUGUUAGUUGCAACGAAUUACACAGAUUAGAAAACCACACAGUUCACAUGCAAGUUGGUAGUUUUAAAGACAUCGUUAUUCCAAAAAAAGCCAGACUGGAGUUUGUUCUGGAGAACAUCACCGACUUUAGUAACACUGUGGCGGUUUUUCAAAUCCACACUCAGUAUCAAAAUUUGUCAGCUUCGUCAGUAUUGACACCGACAUUGGAUUUUGCUAUGAAUGGAUCUGAUGUAGGACUAAUUACAGAACUGCACGAGGAACAGAAUAUGUCUGUGUGGUAUGUGAACUCCACAUACAAUGAGACAAUCAGAGCACAGGCUAUGGCUUUGUUGUAUAAAGAUACGGAUCCCAUACCAGGUGCAUGUAAUUUUGAAGGGAAUUUACUAAACGAUCCCAAUAUUCAUGUUCACUACAACAUAUACGAGACAGUACUGCAGUUUGCACCAGCUAACAUCGGAUGGCCAAGGGACGAUGCUCAGCCAUCAUGUGACACAACCAGGUCACCACGGUUACGACUUAUGUAUGAUGUGUAUCAGUAUUUUCUACCAGAACACAAACUUGAUGAAGAGUACAUGUUUGAUGGUUUGCAGAAAAUGACCACAGUUGAUAGAAUUAGAAAACAUGGUGCAAAGAUUGCAACCUUAGAUCAGAGUAAGAAGACAAAUUUCACGGUUUCUUCAUUCCGAGGUCAAGGCGUUGUAUUUAAUGUCAUUGUGAGAGAUCCGAUCGAACUCACCAGUGCUGCUUAUAUACCAACAACGUCAUACGCAUGUAGUUUUACUGCCAGGGUAGACAGCUGUUAUGUCGCAGCUGAUCCAACACUACUGGUUAUCGUCACUGUCUUUGGUAUCGUUGGAUUAUUUAUAUGUUUUGUUGGGCAUAGAUAUUUCAAAACAGAAAUGUUCAUAUUUGGUUUCCUGACAUUUGCACUAGUGUUCUUUAUCAUAUUUGCUGCAGCUACUGAUUGGUCACAUUUGGUUCGCCUGAUAUUAACAAUGGUGUGUGCUUUACUUGGUGGAUGUCUAUUAUUACUGUAUUGGUGGAGAUUUGGCUCUGUUGUAUUCUGUGUCUUAAUAGUGGGUAUGGAUCUAGGCUAUUUGUUUGCCUCCUUGGUUUUCUUCACACCAUUUGGAAACCUGUCUGUCUGGCAAAGUAAUGUCAACUAUGGUUUAGCAUUCACAUGUUUACUCUUGCUUCUACCAGUUAUACUGAUAUACUUUACUAAACAGUUAAACAUUAUAGCCUGUUGUUUUGUUGGAUCGUAUUUGUGUGUGUCUGGGAUUAGUUGCUACCUGUACUCAAGUCUUGGAUAUAUUGUAGUGAAUCCAUUGAAAAGAAUACUAAUGCCAGACUUUGAUACUGCAUAUACCAGUGUGCCUUUUCAACAGAAUGAUUAUAUAUUGGUGGGUGUUUGGGUUGUCCUGGCAACAGCCGGCAUGAUUCUACAGUUUUGUAGAGAAAGGCGGAUAGGAUUUCCCGCAUGGCCAUAUAAGGAGUGGAAGAGAAAACGACAGCAUGAUCAACUUGACAGAGAAGUAUUCAAUCGUCAUUUACAACAAGGCACCUCCGAUGAAAAGAAACCAUUACUUGGGAGACAUGUGCAUGAUGUCACAAAUGAAGUAGCUUAAUCUGUACACCCUCUAGAAUAGUGGUAUCACCUGUUACAUGAGGAACAUUCUACUUUGUUACAGGGGUGGUAUUUUAUUUUGUUACACAUUUGAUAAUGAUAAGGAAUAUAAUAUUAUUUACAGAAAGUAAUUUAGAAUGCUGUGUUAUGACCAAGUUAUUAAGGAUUUUGUUUAAAGAGAGUUAAACCAUACCAUACCAUGUUACCUAUAUGGGUUGUGGUGGACAGAGGUCAUCAAAAAGUGAUUGCAGAUAC